AUGAAUUUAUUCAGGUUAUUUUUAGAUUUGAAACCUAACAAUAUACUUGUGAAUUCGGCUGGUUACGUUAAACUAUCAGACUUUGGUCUAUCACGGAUGUCGGACCCCUCCCAUCAAUCGCACUCUACGUUGGCAGCCACCAUCUACAUGCCGCCUGAACGAUUCGUGGUGGCGUUUACAGUAAGCCUGUUCACGAAUUGCUUAAGGAUUGAGUCCGACAUAUGGAGCUUCGGGCUUUCUUUGUGGGAACUUGCUGUAGGACAUUAUCCACUACAAACACCUAAAGAUGCUCUACUUACAACAUUUUUCAACUCUGGCAGUGAUCGUCAACCGUAUGCUGAACAUAUUGCAGGACAUCCACAAAUGCUUUGCGUACUGAUUAAUGGAUGUCUUCAACAUGAUGUGAAACUCCGAUGGAAAGUGACUGAUUUGAUUCAAUCCGACUACAUAUCGGAGGCGUAUCCGAUCAACCACAACGCUAUAAAAGAGUUCGUCAUAAGAAUUAGGAAUACAUGA